AUGUCAAUUUUCAUUGUGAAAUGGAAAUAUUAAAAAGACUGAGAAGAACGCAUAUUUAUUAUUAAUUUUGUCUUACUUUUCUCUAGAUUUAAUUUACUUAGUUUAUUUGAUCACAUGAAUAUCGAGAAUGGAUUCGAGUUUACCAUUUUUUAGUCUUCCAUUCGGGGAUUCGGAGACUACGGACUUUUUCUCGAAGCCUCAGGAGUGUGGGUACGAUGAGCUGCAGGCUACGUUACCGCCUCACGGAUCGCUGUUGGGGCCUGAUGACGUUCUGGCGCAGUUCCUGUCUGGUGACGAGCCAUUGGAAGAGCCUGACCUCAAUGGGCCCACUACAUUGCACUGUGAAAUUUGUAAGAAGCAGUUUGACAAUGCUAAGAAGUAUUACGGACACUUGAGGGUACAUUCCAAGGAAAACUCGUGGAUUUGUGACAGAUGUCCAGACCAGAAGUUCUCUACCAAACAGCAGUUGAUGAAGCAUGGGCUUACUCACAAGCCGCUGGAGAGAGAGUGGAAAUGCCUCCAGUGCAGCAUGGCGUUUGAGGCCCUGUGGAAUCUGCAGCAGCACUUGUUCUCUAAGCAUUUGGAUUAUAAACCUCACAAAUGUGACCAGUGUGAGAAAAGCUUCACCAAACCCUCAGAUUUAAAGAAACAUAAGGACAAUGUGCACAGUGAUGUAAAGAAAUACAGUUGUCCAGAAUGCGAGCAUCGUUUCAAAGACCAGUCGAACUUGAAGCGCCACAUGCUGACCCACAGCAAAGAGAAGCCCUACUGCUGUUCCGGAUGCGGGAAUAGGUUCCAACAGUUAGCGUCAAUGAAACGCCAUGCUGCCAACUGUCAGCUGAGCAGACACAACGUGGAGCCGACAGACAAGACGCGCAGGAACUACUGCCGAGUCUGCGGCAUGAGCUUCCAGUACAAGAGUGCUCUACUAGAGCACUGUGUCAGACAACACACAAUCGCUCCCCCCAAGCCGCCUGAAGUCGACAAAGAAGAUAAGAACCAUCUAAACGACACAAAUCGCAUCGUAGACAACAUAGUCGAUGACAUUCUAUCUGCCGAAGACGACUAUAUGACUAUGACCACACAAAACGAGAUACUAAACGUAUACAACCCAACAGACAUAGACAAUAACCCAGAAAACUUAAUGCAGAUAGAACUAUUAAAAGAAAUGAAUCAACUACACAUACUCGAUGGAGAAUUGUUUUAUAACGAUAUAGAUUUUGAUAGCAUACAGCCCAGCCAUAUGUUCAAUACAAACACUAACGAUAUGGACUACGGUACGGAUAAAAAUGCUGAAAUUCUUUUCGAUUUUACCGACGGCAGCAAAAGUAUGGAUCAGGAAAUUAUGAAUACACUAUUUCAUGUCAAAGCUGAGUAUUUGCCCGAUGAGUUACUAAAUCCUCCUGAAGUUAUGAAUAUACCUGAAAAAACUAAUAUUUUAGACAAUCAUGUGUCUGUGAAUGAAUGUGCUACAAUAUUUGAAAGUGAUGUGGAUUUAGAAGCUAGUACGAAUUUAGCAGCUAAUUUAAAUCAGUUGAUUGGUGAAAAUAAUGUUCAGUAUAUAUCUACUGAGGAUGAUGAUACAUUUAUAAUAAGUUUAAAUAGUGAAAUUGAUGCUGAGCAGUUAACUGACAUGUUGAAUAUAGGUGUAGAAUUAGUUAAUGAUAAAAUUAAGGAACAAAAUAUUAUUCCUUCUUCUGAAAUUAGAAAUGAGGUUCCUAGCAUAAAGGCGGAAGUUCCAGAGCCUAGCAUAGACAAUCCAGAAGAGCUGAUAUUUCCUAAGCCAGUAGUAGUGAAACUGGAAGAACCAGUAACAGAGAUGCCCAUGAAUUCGAUGGCUUCUGAAGAUCAGAAGACUAUGAAAUAUCACAAGCCAGUAGUGGUAAAAUUAGAAGAGCCACUAAGUGAAGUGCCGAUGAAUGUAAUGGCUUCUGACAAUCAGAAGAAGCCAGUGAAAGCUAAGCAUGUUAUUAAAAGAGUUCUAUAUGUUUGCGUACAUUGUAACAAGGUUUUCAAUAAGAAGGAUAAUUAUAGAUCUCAUAUAGCGACACACGAGCCAUCUCUCCGGCAACACAAAUGCAAGGUCUGCGGCGAGAAGUUCAGCUACAAAUCUACACUAAACAAGCACACUCGAGACAAACACACGCCGCGUGUAAUCUGUGGACAUUGCUGUCAGAUAUGUGAUCGCGUCUUCCGAUUUGCUUGGAUGCUUCGUGAACACCUGGACCGUGACCACGACGGUCUGAAGCCGCACGCGUGUGACUACAAAGACUGUCAGAAGAGGUUCUACAAGAAGUCAGACCUUAUUGUACAUAAAAGGUCCCACACAGGCGAGCGUCCAUUUGUAUGUGACAUCUGCAAGCGCACGUUCCCUCAGGCGGGACACCUCAAGCGACAUGAACGAGACGUCGACUGCACCAAGUUCGUAAAGGCGGAGACGGUUCAGAAGGUGCAGAAGGCGCAAAAGAAGGCCCCAUCGAGAGCCACAUCUGUGAUAUUAAACUUAAACCUUAAAUAAAUUAUGCAUUUAACCAAAA